GCUAGCUUAACUCGCCGCGCGCCUACCAGCCGCCGCGCUCGUCGUACACAGCUUCUGUGCACGCGCCGCUGUGCCCACACGUCCUUCGUGUAGCCACAGAUCCGCCCGCGCCGCUCAGCGCUGUCUCGCAGUGCCUCCGCGAGCCGCCACCAAUUUGGACGACCAGAGGGUCCUCGCCGCGCAGCGCGCGCCUAGUACAAAAUGGCCUCGACGGGCGCCGGCUACGACCUGAGCCCGACGACCUUCUCGCCGGACGGUAGAAUAUUUCAAGUAGAAUAUGCCACAAAAGCGGUGGAGAACUCGGGCACCGUCGUUGGUAUUAGGUGUGCUGAUGGUGUAGUUUUAGGAGUGGAGAAGGUCAUGUUGAGCAAGAUGCUCCUACCGUCAUCAAAUAGAAGAGUGGCCGCCGUAGCCCCACAUGCCGGCGUGGCCCAGGCCGGAAGUACGGCGGACGGCCGCCAGGUCGUCGCGCGCGCGAGGGACGAGUGCGACUCGUAUGAUGACACUUAUGGUAUUGAGAUCCCGCCUUCCGUAUUAGCGCAGCGGCUCGCGGAGUACGUGCACUAUUUCACGAUCCAUGGAGCAUUGAGACCCUUCGGCGCGUCGACGAUGAUCGCCGCCUACGACGCGCGGAAGAAGACCCACGAGUUGUAUGUCCUGGAGCCUACCGGAGUGUGUCUGCGCUAUUUUGGGGCCGCCCUCGGCAAGGGCCGCCAGUCGGCCAAGAGCGAGAUCGAGAAGCUCGACCUGACGAAGCUCACGUGCAGAGAAGCCCUGAAGGAGAUCGCCAAGAUGAUUCAUACGACGCACGACGACGCCAAGGACAAGCCCUUCAUUCUGGAGUUCGCCUGGCUCUGCGAGGAGACGGAGUGGAAGUACGGCCUCGUGCCCCAGGAUCUUAUCGACGAGGCGGACGCGUGGGCGAAGAAGGAGCUCGAGAGCGACGACGAGGACGACGACGGCGACGAGGAGAUGGCGUCCUAGGUGUUUCCCAUCCUGGUAUUAAUAGCGUAUUUACUCGA